GACCCCCAGCCUGAACCUCCUCUAACCAAGGGACCACCAGCACUGAACCUCCUCCAACCAAGGGACCCCCAGCUUCUAACCAAGGGACCCCCAGCCUGAACCUCCUCUAACCAAGGGACCACCAGCACUGAACCUCCUCCAACCAAGGGACCCCCAGCCUGAACCUCCUCUAACCAAGGGACCCCCAGCCUCUAACCGAGGGACCCCCAGCACCGACACUCCAUCGAAGCCCGGGCCCCCCAGCACCCACUCCCCGGGAUGGACCCGUGGCCGGUGCUGGGCUCGGUGCUGGCCCUGCUCUUGCUGUGUGGCUGGCUGUGGCCCCGGUUGGUGCUGUUGGCUCAGGAUGUGAUGUUCACGGUUCGGGCGGCCCGGGUGAAGGCCCAGAUUCGGCGAUGGCUGGGCUCCGGGGUCCAGUCUCUCCCUCAGCUCUUCCAGCAGCGGCUGCGGAGCCACCCGGACCGAAUCUUCAUCCGCUUCCGGGAGCAGACCGUGACCUACCGGGAGCUGGGGGCUCGGUGUGGCCGGGCAGCCUCCGCUCUGCUGGCCGACCUGGCCCCGGGGGACACGGUAGCCCUGCUGUUGGGGAACGAGCCCCGCUUCCUGGCCGCCUGGUUCGGCCUGGCCCAGCUCGGUGUGGUGGCCGCCUUCCUCAACACCAACGUCAGGAAAGGGGCCCUCCGGCACUGUCUGGGGGCCUGCGGGGCCCGGGGCCUCAUCACCAGCCCGGAGCUGUUCGAUGCAGUUCAAGAAAUCCUUCCUGAACUGCGCAAUAUGGGAAUUAAGAUCUGGGUGAUGGGCUCUGGAGAUUACCCCGAGGAUGUUAUAAAUCUGCAGGAACUGAUGGAUAAAGCAUCAGAUGACCCCAUACCUGCGCAUCUGGGCAUUCCUAAAAAUCCAAUGGACACUGCUAUCUGCAUCUUCACAUCCGGUACCACAGGGUUGCCAAAAGCUGCUCGUAUUAGCCACUUGAAGACUCUGAUGUGCUGCGUCUUUUACCAACUGUGCGUGGCGAGUUCUGAUGAUAUUAUCUACAUGUCGCUGCCACUGUACCACAAGUCUGGAGCCUUGCUGGGCAUUGGAGGCUGCAUUGGUGUCGGGGCUUCCCUUGUGCUGAAAGAGCGUUUCUCUGCCAGUCAGUUCUGGAACGACUGCCGGAAAUACAAUGUGACCGUUUUUCAGUAUAUUGGGGAGCUGUGCCGUUACCUUACAAACCAGCCACAGUGCGCGAAUGAGACUGAUCAUAAAGUGCGUCUGGCUGCCGGUAGUGGUCUCCGCCCUGAUGUGUGGAAAGAAUUCACUCGCCGUUUUGGGAAGAUUAGAAUUUUUGAGACUUAUGGAAUGACAGAAUUUAAUAUCAGCUUCUUCAACUAUACCGGUAGCCCGGGGGCUGUAGGCCGGGGCAGUUUUCUCUUCAAGCAAUUUUGCCCGUUUGACCUGAUUAAGUUUGACACCCAGGAGGGUGAGCCCGAGAGAGAUUCGAGAGGCAGAUGCCUGCGAGCACAGACAGGAGAAACAGGGCUCCUGAUUUCACCAGUAACACCUUUGUCUCCAUUCCUGGGGUAUGUCGGCAGCCGGGAGCUCUCUGAAAAGAAAUUGCUGAGGGAUGUUUUUCAGCCUGGGGACUGCUUUUUCAAUACUGGAGACCUGAUGGUUCAAGAUAAUCUGGGAUUUGUUUACUUCCGGGAUCGGACAGGAGACACUUAUAGGUGGAAGGGAGAGAAUGUGGCUACCACAGAGGUUUCAGAGAUUCUUAGUGGGUUGGAUUUUUUCCAAGAAGUCAAUGUGUAUGGUGUUUCAAUACCAGGUCACGAAGGCCGUACUGGCAUGGCGGCUGUAACCCUGCAUCCUGACCGCAAGCUUGAUUUGGAGCAAUUAUACAUUCACGUCAUGGAAUUCCUACCCUCAUAUGCCCGUCCGAGAUUUCUGCGAGUAAUGGAAUCCAUGGAAUCCACAGGAACCUUUAAACAGCAGAAGCUUCGCCUGGUCCAGGAUGGGUUUUCCCCAUUGCACAUCCAGGAUCCUCUCUACCUCUUAGAUGAGUCUUCUCGGUCCUAUCGGCCUCUGUCUGAAGACCUCUACUCUCAAAUCAUGACCUCAGAGUUCAGGGUCUAACAGAUAAUGCCUUCUGGAUCUAUCCUAGACUAUAAUGACUGUAUUACUGCUAGACUGUAUUACGCUGCCUUAAGAAAAAUACUACUAGUGAACAUUUUUAUUCUUUUCCAGAAUUCCGACGCUUAUACUGAACAUUGGUGGCUUACAUUCCUUUGCCUCGGGUUCGGUGGGACAGUUGGCCCAUGUGUAGUCUGUUUACAGUAUUUACCUUUACAGGAUGGUUUUUAAGAACCUCUGUAUUUUACAAAUCCCAUUUUAUGUAGCUGGCUUGCCAGAUAUAUUGAGGAUUUUUUUAACCCCUUUGGUACCAGUAGAAAGCAGGCCUUUGGAAUUAGUAAGAGGCCGGGCCUCUAGUCUAAAAAUAUUAUGUAUCCUGAAUUUGUGUUUCUCCGUUCUCUUGGAUAAUCAAAUGGAGGAUGGAGAUAAUCCUGCCUCUAAAUAUUACUCACCCUUGCAUCCUCUCUCAAAGCUAGAUCAGACAACCUCCGUUUUAAUCUGACGCAUUAUGGCACCUGCAUUGUGUUUUGUGAUCCAUCCAGCACUGAGAACCACAGAGAAAGUAAUAAUGAUUCCUUUAUUAAAGGAAUACUGUUGGCACUGUAACUUCUUUAUCUCAUGGAAGUGGUUAUAGUGUCUGGAGUCCCCAGCGUCCUUAAAUUCACAGUUAAACCGUCUUUAAUGUUUCAUUGUUAAACAGUCCUUAACAGCCCAUCCCCUCUGUGCUGUUUGAACCAACGAGGAAGUAUUAAUAUGAGCAGCAAUGGGCAGCUGUGAUUGGCUGAGAAUGUCAGAUGAUGACUUUUAGCCUAUCACAGCGCCCAUUGCUGGUAUGAAUUGGUAUGGCUACAACUAGGUUUGUAAUCUCUGCAUUUGCUACACCUCCAGUGGGGCAGAGGCUGUGGGUGGUCAGAGACCCUUAUUUAGUGUUUAACUGCUUGACAAUAGUUUAACACUGAAUGGGGCGACAGUUCCAGGUGGCUUGAGGCACAAUAACUAAUUCAUUGAGAUAGAAUGGUUAUAGUGCCUACAGUGUCCCUUUAAUUGUUUCACUGCUGGAAUGGUCAAACCAUAAUAUACUCAUCAUGAACAUAUUGUACGCUGUCUUACUUGCUGUGAAUUUCCUGAUAACCAGCUGACGUUUCUAACGGUAAACUUUUUGUAACUUUUUUGCCCCUAAACUUUUUGUAACAUAUUUUUGUACUGAUUCCAUUUUAUUUUUCAGAAUAAAGUUUCCAUGAAAUCUGA